AUGCCUCUCAGAUCCACCCGCGCUCACCACACCACCACCACCGCCCCCCGCCGCGGCGGCCUCUUCACUCGCCGUCGUGCUCCGGCCCGUCACCACCACCACACCACCACGACCACGACCACCACCCGUAAGCGCGGCGGUCUCUUCUCCCGCCGCCGCGGCCCCGUCACCACGGCCCCGGUCCACCACCAGCGCCGCAAGCCCUCCAUGGGCGACAAGAUCUCGGGCGCCAUGCUCAAGCUCAAGGGCACGCUCACCCGCCGCCCUGGCCAGAAGGCCGCCGGCACCCGCCGCAUGCACGGCACCGACGGCCGCGGCUCCCACCGCCGCUAUCGCUACUAG